AUGGUUGAAAGAAUACUAACUAGAAUAGGUGUGUUGAUACUAUCAGUUAAAUGCGUUUUUUUUUACAGGUUGUUGUUUUCUAUAAUGAACCUGGCCAAAGGGGCGCUUGGUGGAGGCGUGCUGGCCGGCCACGUGGCGUACAUGACGGCCGGCUACUUCCCCGCACUCAUCCUCAACAUGGUCUAUGGCGUCUACAUGUGUUUCAACUUUUACAUUUUAGUGAUGUCCGCACAAAGACUGUGUCGCCGAUGUCACGUGGCUUCCAUGACGUAUCCCGACGUUGGGGAGGCUGCGUUCGCUCUGUUCCCCAAUCCCAAGGUUGCAAGAUGGUCAACUUGCUACAGAAAAUGGAUCGACGUCAUAACAUGUUUGAACCUGUUCGGCUCUUGUGCGGCGUAUCAGCUGAUGGUGGCCAAAACUAUUAAACAAUUGGCAGAAAACACUCAGGAGAGCAUUAUAGAGGGUCGACAUGGUUCGUAUUUUGGGCGAUUCUCUGUAAGGUUACCGAAUUUGCGACUUUAUAUUGCUUUUAUGAUCGUCCCAUUCAUCAUCAUCUGUUUAAUUACUGAAAUUAAAUACUUGGCGCCAUUUUCGAUUGGUGCAAACUUUGUUAUAGCGAUAGCGAUAAUCAUGACCAUCUCCUACGCACUACAAUACAACCCGAAAUUCGAGAAUAUGGUGGUGGCGAAUAGUUUUCUGGACGUGAUCAAAUACACCGGCAUGGCCGUGUUCAGUAUGUCGUGCGCGGGAGUCGUCAUACCCGUGGAAAACAACAUGAAAGAUCCUAAGAAGUUUCCUAUUGUGUUAGGGUGCGGCUACAUUUUCAUCAUAGGCUGUGUGUUCUUCUGUUCAUUUUUCGGAUAUGUCGCGUUUUUGGACAAGUGUGAGUCGCCGAUAACAAUGAAUUUUCCUUUGACAACGGGACCAAAAGUUCUUAAAGGUCUCAUCGCAGUCAUGAUCUACGUGACGCACGCGGUGAACUUUUUUAUGCCGUUCAACUGCGUUUACUUCUAUCUGAAACCUAAGUUUAAGCCUGAGAAUCAAUACAAGAUGGAGCUAGUGUUCAGGGCGCUCAUAGUGAUUAUUAUCUCCUUGGUCGCUAUUGCGUUCCCCAGUGUUGAUGCCUUGAUGGGAUUUCUGGGCUGUUUCUGCCUCUCCAACAUGGCUUUCAUCUGUCCGAACACAAUUUACGUAUUGGUGCACUACGAGCGACCAGGUAAGAACAGGAAGUUCAUGAUCUGGCGCGCCGUUCUCCUAUCGCUGUUCGGAGUGUUCAUCCUCUUCUGCGGCUCGUUCGUCAGCGGCAAGGAUCUCAUAUUCACGCUGUUCAAGAAGAAACAAGAAGACGCGACAACACCAGCUCCUGAUGGCCGUUAAGCCGCCGCCGUCGGACUGGAUCCCAU